GAACGAGUUACAUUCCGCGCGGGGACCUGUUAUUUAUCGUAAAAUAUGGAGUUAUGCAAAUAAGAAGUCGCGCGAUACGAAGAAUUAGCAAUAAUACUCCUCGGGUUCGGAUUAGCCACCGUGCUGCGAAGCAUAUGGAGGACGAUCUAAUUGAAAUGUUUGGAAAAUGUGCGUGAAAAUGAAUUCGACGCGGUGGAGCGUGGAAUCCGAAGGACACGCCUUUGUAUUAUGAAUCACUAGUGCGGGUGUAUCGAAAAUGAAGAUCGGCUUCUUUGCCGCAGAUAGCUAAUUGCGUCGUUAAAGAACAAUGGAGAAUGAAGCGAUGCACAUAACCGAGGCAUUAACGAUAUUUGAAAACAAGACUUGAAUUGUGGUGGAAUAUUAUCGAUUGGAUUUAAGUGACAAGGCUUUUCGUUUGCGGAAUCAAAAUCAUUGAAGUAACGAGGGCAGAUUUUACGGCGAAAUAAAAAUGUUGUUGGCAUUGUUGAGACAGGUAUCUUAGAACGGGGAUAUGUCCCUAAACAAACAUUGCGAUCCUGGUUCCGAAAUUGUCAGUUUUGAUUAGGAUCCUCUCCUCUUGCAGACAGACAGGAAAGUAGUGCCAGCAGACGACGCCCGAACUGCACGUGUAUCCUUACGCCGUGCAUGGUAUGCGUCAUAUUGUACUAUACACACAGGCACAGUCUACAUCCUGUCUUUCCUUGAACACGCCUUUCAAAAUGUAAACGCGCACUGCCCUCGUGCAGUUCCUAUAGAUUUUGUCUACGAAACGAAAAUAGUGCAACAGUCACAUUCUUCCACAGAAGAAGAAGAGGAGGAAGAAGAAGAAGAAGUAGUACACGUUUUCGUUUCUCUUACAUAGUUAUAACCGAGCAAUCUUUCCCAUAUGCUUCGUUGCCCCACCGUUACUUAGGUAUCCACUGAUAAUCGACACGAUAAUAUACAAUGUUGUAACUUUUACGCUUCUAGUAUACAAUGUAUAUCUCUGACACGAGACAAAAUUAUCGAUUUCUGCUUAUCAGGCGAAUUCGCUGUUCCCCACUUGUCCUUCUUCAUCUAAAAUAUAUAGCAACGAGUAUUUAAUUUUUUUUUACAAGUGGAGUUUAAAGGGUGAAUUUUUGGAACUUUGAAUUUUACUCGAGCAUGAUUUUCGAAUCUACUACGGCCAAGUGCAUGUCAACGAGAGUGGAAGUGCAAUUCGCAGGCUAUCGUGCAACUUUGAAUUCCCGAAACAAUUGGACCGAGUAAUGAGAAUCAUGCAUGAGUGCAAUGAGGAUGUGCUGAUUGGGAUGAAUAGCUCAUAUUGUCGGGAGAGCCAAAAGCACCCAGAGCCCUGUAUACAGAGACUCUGUGGUCAUUAUAAAAUACCCUGUCUGGUACUCUUUUCUUCAUUGUACUACACUUACAUUUUGUUUGUCGCAUCUCACAAAGACACUGACAACGAACGUUGCAUUCGUUCAACUUUAUCUCAUAACGUACGGGCAUACUGCAUAAUCUUACGAAUAUUCGAAAUUUUCGUCGGAAUGUUUCAAGUGAAUCGUUCAUCGAGAGAUCACAUUCUAACGAAUAAUAUUAAUGAUCUAUUUAUUAUUUACAAAAAAUACUUAGCAUAUAUUUCACGUUUAUGCUCUCACCGUCGGUACAAUGCAACGGCCUUUAACCCGUAACAUUUUCUGAUAAUAGCAAAUGACAGAUUUUAUUACAACGAACAUAUGGGAAAUGUUUAUAAUAUUUCAUACACGUUUUUACAUUCAAACGCCCAAAAAUUCAAUGAAACAUUAUUCAAUAUAUACAUAAGGAAAUAACAAAUUAUUACUAUUUUUAUUGAUUAGUCGAACUAUGACGAAUGGAAUUUAAAAUUUCAUUACUAGACAUUCAAAUUUUUCAAGUUCAAUCUAUUCUUUCAAUCCAUUUAAAUGUUAAAUUUUAAAUGAAUGUACAUACUGUGCACUCUAUCGAAAGUGAUAUAACCUAAAUAAUAUAAAGAAAAAAAUACUAGGUUAUAUUGAUUUUCAUCAUAUCAUUGUUAGGUCCAUUUAAAUGACGCAUUGUAAAAGAAUCAGUUUAACAUCGAAAAAUGUAAUACGCACAUGUUGAAAAACAUAGGAAUCACAAUACUAUUAAAUAUACAUAUAACCGUAGUUCUCAACAAAGUUGAACUUGCAAGUUCUCCAGUUCAUACAUCAGCUGACUCUCCCACCAUCGCUACCAUUUUUCAUCAGAUAGCGUACUCGAAUCGACACUUCGGCUAGAUAAUAGAAUCAGCUACGUCGACGCUCUGUUUUUCCGCAUUGUCAACAAAGAGGCCAUCGUGAAGGAACAACGACCGCAUCUCCGAAGCUUAUGACAAAUUGUAAAGGAAGAACGGCAGUAUUGUUGAAUGUAAUGGCAGAUCAUGAAGUUGUCACAUCAAGAAGCUGGUUUUGGGGAUGGUUUAGGUGGUCUGUUUCAUCAUCAACUAUGUUACGUGCAGCAGAGAAGAAGAUCCUUUCCUGUUUGAAAACCGUGUAUCGUGGUUGGUAUGUGGACAUAGGACCUGUUGUUGGAACAGCGGAUAAAAUAUGGACUAUUUCUCUAAAUGAAGAAUCACCAAAGACACCAAUCGUUUUGCUACAUGGUCUAGGAGCAGGUGUAGCACUCUGGUGUUUAAAUCUAGAUACAUUAGCCUCACAAAGACCUGUAUAUGCAAUUGAUAUAUUAGGUUUCGGUAGAAGUAGCCGUCCUGUUUUUAGUAAUGAAGCCCAGGAAGCCGAAAAUCAACUAGUCCGAUCUAUUGAAGAAUGGAGAAGGGAAAUGCAAUUAGAAAAGUUCAUGGUACUAGGUCAUUCGAUGGGUGGCUUUCUAGCAGCAUCAUAUUGUAUUCAGCAUCCUGAAAGAAUUAAACACCUUAUUCUCGCUGAUCCUUGGGGUUUCCCUGAAAGGCCUGUAGAAAGAUCGUUGAGACCAGCUAUACCAUUUUGGGUGCAAGCUAUAGCUUAUGUGAUUCAACCAUUGAAUCCAUUAUGGGCAGUCAGAGUGGCUGGUCCAUUUGGACAGUGGCUGGUUGAGAAAGCUAGACCAGAUAUUGCAAAAAAGUUCGUGCCUAUUUUAAACGAUGAUACAGCGGUAAUUUCACAGUAUAUACAUCAAUGUAAUGCACAAACCCCAACAGGUGAGAGUGCCUUCCAUGCGAUGAUGCAAGGUUUUGGCUGGGCCAAAAAUCCUAUCAUCAGAAGAAUAGGUAAAUUGAAUCCAGAAAUUCCAAUAACUUUGUUAUAUGGCAGUCGAUCAUGGGUGGACAGUUCUUAUUGGGAGACACUUAAGCAGGCUAGAUCAUCGUCUUAUAUUAAUGUUCAGGCGAUAACAGGAGCAGGUCACCAUGUUUAUGCAGAUAAAAGUGACAUUUUUAAUAAAUAUGUAUUAGAAGUAUGUAAUUUAAGUGACUCGACACCGAAUUUAUCAGCGUCGGAUGUUCGUUUGAAUAUUAAGCCUCUAAGUGAGCAACAAAUUUCAUUGAUGCUUACAAACCAGGAGAUUGAAUCAAAAGACAUAGACGAACAAGGACUUAAUACGACACAAUCAAGAUCUAGUUGAAAUUUAGUGCAGAAAUUGUAUUAUUGAAUUACAAUAUAUAUAUAAUAUGUGUAUAUAUAUAUAUACACAUUUUUUUUAACUUUAUCGUGCAGUUGAAUGAACUGCAUAUGUCGUGUGAUAUAGACUAGGUACACGUACUACAAUAUACCAAGCUUACGAACUCACAUUAUUAUGUAAUUUAAUUUUUAAUUCAUGUAAUGCCAUAUUAGUAAUGUAAUCUGUGACUCCUUGAACAAUCUUGAAAAAAAAUCUGUUCAUAUUUUCUUCCUUGAUUUUAUAUAUACUUUCUCAAAUAUUAAUUCUAUAAAUUUGGAAGAGAGGGAGAUAACUGUUAAUAGAAAAGAAAUGUUGAGUUCCUUACAUACAGACAAAGUGUUUAAAUUAAGCGGUUUGUCACAAACAAAUCUUGUCAAAUAAAAUAACAUCAAUGGGAUCAAUGAUUAAAUAAAUUACAACAGUCUACGAAUAUUACGUUUGAAGUGUAUCAAAGAUAAAUUGAAUUGUAUAUUAUGUACAGGUAUAAUAUAAAACAAAAUAAGUGUGAACGUAAAAAUAAAUAAAUAUCAAUAUUGA